GGAAGCCAAUGGGAUUCCUCAUGGGAACACGCGUUUCUAUGACACUCUGCUGCUGCGAACUUGGUCCCAGUUUCUUAUCUGUCAUUGUGCUGAAUAAGAUUUCGAAAUGUCUAUCCGCGUGUUUGAAAUCCUCUCUUCUUUUAUUUCGCCCUCUCAUAUUCCUAUAACAUUGUUUAUUGACUACAAGCCCUGCUACCGGGACAUGUGUACCUCUCAGCCGCUGAAGGAUCUUAUCAGGUGGUAUGGCAGGAUGUUCAAAGACCCCAUGGUGCUGGACCCUCCACAGUGGUUCACAUCUUUUAUUUUUUGCGAGGCUUUGUUUCAAACGCCUUUCUUUCCCGUUGCAGCUUAUGCUUUCCUUAAAGGUGGCUGUAAGUGGAUCAGGACUCCUGCCAUCGUGUACGCCACACAUGUAGCCACCACUCUGGUCCCCAUCCUCACUCACAUCCUCUUCUAUCAGUUCCCGAUGAAGCCCCACCCUGGUCCCCAGACCCCACAGGAGCGCUGGCUGCUGUUCUCCAUAUACGUUCCCUACCUGCUGGUUCCUGUGCUGCUGCUCCUCACCAUGCUGCUGUCCUCCACUUACAACUCCACCCCCAAGCCUGCACACACACCGGCCAAAUCUAAGAAGAGGAACUAAGAAAGAAUCACACUACAGUUGUCUAAUUCACUCUGAUUUUACAAGUUAAACUCUGCCAUGACAAAUAUGUAAAGUCCUGCGGUUUUCUGUGUUUUGGUGUUCUUUUAAAUAAAUGUCAAUUAAAGACUUGAGUGAAAAAACAA